UUCGUUGGCACGGUGGCAUUGGUGGAAAUUUAUGUUUGCACGUGCGGUAUGAAUUAAAAUAAUGGACAAGUAUAGUAAAUAAACAGAGCUUCUGGUCUCCGAUGUUAAUUGCAGCAAAUACGUAUUGUUGGUGGAUUGUUUCGCGUUUGCAAUUAUAUUUGAUAUGUGGAUACAUUUAGGUAAGCGGACCAAUGGGUAGUGGGUUUGCACUGUAUUCGCUUGGCACUGACGGUUUCCUACUACAGUAACGACCGGAGUUAUGACAUGGACCCACCAAAUGGAUGUCGCUUUCUGCCGUGUUUCAACCUUCCUGUGAAUUGUGUUCUCUGCGUCUGAUGGAAUGAUACCGCGAUUGACAGACUGUUGCUGCAGUACGAUCGGAUCCUGUCGCUAUCAACUCUCGGUCCAGUACAAGCAGGCGAGUCUUCGAAGGGAUCCGAGCCGCCAUAAUGUAGCGUGCACUGGGAAGUAUUGAGAUAUUACUCUGUUAUAUGAUCAUGUGUACUGGAGUCCCGGGGAUAUUAUGAAAUCCUGCCGGCGAUGAUGACAAGCGGGCAAUAUUCAGGAUGGAGAGGAGACAUUCACGAAUAGUAUAGACAGCAAUGGGGAAAAAAAUUCAAUGCAUUGGAAGAUAUGUUAUGAACGGUCAGACCCUGGGCAAAGGCAACUUUGCACGGGUGGAACUGGCAACACACAGUGUAACGGAAUGCAAGGUUGCUAUCAAAUUAAUCGAAACUCGUAGGAUUAAGGAGGAGUACUUGCGGCAGAACAUGCACAGGGAGGCCCGGAUACUAGGGCAAUUGAGACAUCCCAACAUCAUCCGGCUGUAUGAAACACUCAAGGCAUCCUCGUUAUACUGUUUGGUCACCGAAUAUGCCUCAGGCGGCGAACUGUUGGCAUAUAUCAAAAUGCAUAAAGACUAUCGGCUGUCGGAGGAUAAAUCUCGUACAUUUGUACGUCAGAUGGUCUCAGCAAUACAUUACCUCCAUGAGAGGGGCGUAGCUCACAGGGACCUGAAGAUGGAAAACAUCAUGCUAGACGAAAAGAAGAAAAACAUCAAAAUUUGUGAUUUUGGCCUUAGUAACACCUUUGCUAAAGAUGAGCUUAUGAAGACCCACUGCGGCUCACCUGAAUAUGCUGCCCCGGAACUCUUCAACCCCAAGGAAUCCUAUGGGCCAGGGAUUGAUAUUUGGAGCAUGGGGAUCAUUAUGUACGCCAUGAUGGUUGGGAAGCUCCCAUUCCAAACUCCUUACACUGAUGAGUAUCGCCGAGUUAAGCUUCUCCAGCAGAUCGAGAAAGGUCUUGGAGCGGAGCAUUACAAGGAGAUGGCACAUUUGUCACAAGAUGCUCAAGAUAUCCUCAGCAAAAUGAUUGAGCCGAAGCCUGCCAUCCGUCUUCCACUUAUGGACAUUGAAAUACACCCCUGGCUCACCACCUCCUCAAAGAUGCCGUUUUUCCCCUUCACUAAUCUGCCUCGAGAUCGCAAUAUGAAAUCUCAGGUGAUUGAUGAGCUAUGCUCCACACUGAAUGUCAAACGAGAACAGGUGGAGAAGACUGUUCAUGAGAGUCGAUCCGAUGAAAUGUCAGCCAUGUUCAAUAUGCUGCUUCACAGAAAACGUGUAGCACAAGGUUUAUUUGACGUUGAUCAUACACUUAAAUGUGAGCCCCCUAGAAAGCCAAAUCGCAAACAUCGGUCCAAGUCAGCCGGGAGGUCGGAUAAGGAGAAGGAGAAGGGAAAGGACAAGUCGAAAGUCCCCCCAUCUCUGGUUCUACCAGCAGAUAUAAAGUCUGACGCUCCUCCAAGUGCUUCCGGCUCUGGGGAACAUGAGAACAAGAUCAGCUCCUUCGACUUUCUUGCACUGUGUAGCACACCAACAUGGCUCGGCCCAGAACGAAGGAGAUCUCGAAGGAGGUCCAAGUCUCCAGGACCUCAUUCACCAGCUUCCACAAUUGGUUCCUUGAAGCGUAAAAAACCGGAAUCAGAAAAGCAUGGUGAAACAUUGACAGUUCCAGGGGCCCAACCCAAAGUGGAAAUCAAUGAGGGAGCCAAAGUUGAAUCGGAUAAUACUGGUAGUGGGAAUUUAUUGUCUCCAAAUUCUGCAUAUAAGACUCAAACAACCACCACAACAACAAACUCAGUGCCUCCUGGUAGGACACAUAGCUUACACAGAGGGGGCUCGUUGCGUUUGUCCAAAAAGCGGGCCCGAUCUUGUGGACCUGCAGGGAAAGGAAAAGGACCUUUGCAAAAAUCAAAUUCUCUGGAUGUUCCAGAUACAACAGUGGAAGUUACUCCAGUUCUGCUGGAAACUCCUAAACCAUCAGCCAUUCCACGGCCAGCCAAGCUCGUCCUCCGUGACUGCUAUACAGCUGCCACCCCUGUGAAAAUUAAGGGGGCAGCAGCGAUUGCAGGAACCAACGGACCUGUGACAAGUGUAGAAGUGCAUUUCUCGGACAGUUCAAACCCUUGCUCAUCUAUAGACUUGUUAAAGAGUUCUGAGAAUUCCAGUACCCAGGUUCUCAGCAGAUUGGAAGUUCCAGGAGCGGAGUUGAACCUGUGUAAGAACCUUCGGUUGCCUCCGAUAGAGGCAGCCAUCUCUGAGCCCAGUGCUUCAGCAUGUGCUCUUAAUGAUAUAGUAAGGCCAAAAGAUAGAACUGGAUCCAACUCAAAUCAGCUACACGUCUUUCAAGAUAAGGGACCUCCAAAACCAUUGACCGUUGACAAUGCUUAUGAACGCCCACGCACUGAGGGUGCCAAUGCUAUGCAAUUAGGGGAGUGUGACACGAUGUCGACGAACGAUGACAGCAAGUUUGAUUUUGGGGGUUGUCCUUCGAGUCUGGAGAGUGGGGUGGGUGAAAGAGACUUGGAGCAGGAGCUCACGGACAUGAAGCUUCUUGAGAUGGAGGAAUGUGAUGAUCGGGUUGAUAGUACAGUAGAGUUGAUCUCAGGAAAAAGCAAUCCUUUUACAGACAAUGCAGCAUUGGCUGCUCUUUGUUCUCGGCCCAUCUCCAGCGGCAGUUCACGACACGACAGCCCCUGCUCAUCCCGACACAUGGACAGUAAUAGUUGUAUUAAUCGCAAUCCUGACGAAAUUGAAGUGCUUGAUACUUGUGAAUCUGCCCCCUGUGCUAAUCGGCUUUCCAAGAGACCAGGAGGUUCGGCACGCAGCUCAAUUCGCUCUCAAAAGCUCAAGACACCCACUACUCCUUCUUGGAUGGUGUUUAAGACGCCCAUUGCUCGUAUCGAAAGCUUUCAUAGUGACGAUUUUGAAUACUAUACCUCAGAGCAGACUCCAGACAAAGGUGAAAAGGUCUCUCUCUCCUCUGUGUCCCCAUCUUCUGUGAAUACACCUACCGUGCCAUGUUUUGCUUAUAAACUUAAUUUAGGCAAAAAGAAACCUCCAAAAUUAAAAAAUUCAAAGUCCAAGAUUGAAAUGAUAUCCACCAAAGGAAUACGGAAUACAGCCGAUGGAGGGAAGGGGAUACCCCUGCAAAAUUCUAAAAUGUUAGAGCCAGUAAUCACAGAUCCAUUACUCAGUUCCGGGAGUGACACAGAACACCAUGAUGAUACAAAUGACAAGCUCCUGGGCUCUGGCAAAUCCAAGAUCCACCCCAUGGAUAUGGAAGACCAAGAGUCGGAAGUAUCCGGAAAGGGUUCCAAAUCAUCCCGAGGCAUAGCGAACCAAAAAGGUCAUGCUAACGCAAUCACAAAACAGCCAAACCAAAUACAGAAUUCUCUAGGUAGGAAUUCAAAAAACUUGCCAAGCAACGACACCAAGAAAAAGAUUGGUGUAAAAAAUUCUCCGUGGAAAAAAAGCUUUGCCCAAUUCCUGAAGAGGAAAAGACAGACCAUCCGACUACCCAGUAAUAAUAACAACAAUGACUGCUCCCCAGCCAAUCAGCAACAAUCAGCAAGAAACGGACAUGCCCCCAACAGUCCUGUUGGGAAAACAGACCCCUCAGGGACAGAGGACAGGCGAACUUUGACCUCGUCCUCUGCCCCUGUGGGGAAUAACAUUGCAGAAUCUAUUGAAUUACAGUCGUCCCCUAUCCCGCGCUCCCCGAGCCCCACUCCUCGGGUGUUCGACUUCACGUUGGUCACGGACUCCCCCAAAGGAAAAUCGUGUCUACUCAGCUGGAGAGCAUGUAGAGAAUGUGGAGUCAGCGACCAGUCCUCAGAAGGGGAGAGUGAAUGUAACAUUCCCCUGGAGCAGAACGUGAACCUCUCACUAAAGACUAUGCCAGAAAUGAAUAAUAUCCAGGACCCUACUCGGAAUUUCACAGCCUAUCAGUUUACACAUUCCUGAUUGCAGGAGGAGAAGUCAAGGUCAUCAGCCUCAGUUUGGAUGGCUUGUAGUGCAGGAUGUUUGUUGGUGUUCAGUUGGUUGAAUCCUGCGAAGGACAAGAGUUGUGUGCUGUUGAUGUUUUGUAAUAAUUUUGGAGAGUUUCCAUACCCAAGGUUCUGAUGUUUUAAGAGUAUCUGUGUGUAUGGUUUGAGAAAACCAUGGUGUUUUAAAGAUUUCAUAUGUGGAAUUCGGUAUUAUUUGGAUGUGUUUGUGCCGAAUAGGGCCAAAUUUGAUAGCGAGUCUCCCUGGCACACGAUGUCAUGCAACUUGUAUUCUUGCCGUGAAACCGGCUUGGAUGGAUUUAAAGCAUUCACUUGUCAAUUUCAGGAAAUAUGUUGUUGUCAAGCAAUUAACGACAACACAGCACAGUUAUACAUAUUUGAAACCCAUUAUUGCAUAUGUACAUUGCAUGACAGUGGUAAAUUAUGUAUAUACUUAUAUAUUAUGUGAAAUUCACUUUAUUGUUAAUCUUCUCAUUCAAACAACUGUGAUAUAUUGUCGUGUUUCUCAUGUUAUUUCUCAAGUGGAAUUUUCCUAUCAGUUGAUAUGGAAGAUUUCUGUGUUACCCACAGCGUAGCAGGACAUAUUUCACACACUGCACCGUUUUUCAGCAUGUGAUUAAACAAUGAUAGAUACAUCUUGUACAGAUCACCAAUGCCAUUCACCGUUUUGCUGGAACAAGAACCAAAAUGGCAACAUUAGCAAAGAAAUUGCCAUUAAAACCUGUUCCAGAACUUGAUUACCUCCCCUUACCUGGACUCUUCUACAUCGGAGGUAAACAACCUUCCAAUGAAGAAUUCUCAAGCAAAAGAAGUAGUUUAUAGAAUUGGUAGACGUUUUAAAUUCAGAAUAAAUGCAUGCAUGCUAAAAUGACCAAUGCAAAAUAACAUGCAAUACUUUAAUCAUAUGAAAAAAAUCAUUGCAAUAAGUUUGGUUUAGUAUAGCAUAUUCAGAAAUAAACGUGACUCCAGUGCAAUAUAUUGUGUAUUGACUAGAAUUGUUGGCCAUUUAUAUAUAUGUAUAUUCACAUAUAUAUAUAUAUACUCCCAUCCUGUUUCAUCCUAUCAGAAGCAGUGUUCGAAAUAACCUACAUAUGUAACCAUGGUUCUCAUGAAUUAAUGAUAGUCAUCAAGUCAUACCCAAAGGCUGGAAGACUCAAAUGAACAUGUGACCUAAAUAAGUCAUUAUGGACAUUGGAAUUCUGUGUAUGCACACAAUAUUGACUGAAUAAAAUAGAAUUGACAACACCUUUUCCAUAAUCAUAAGAAAUCUCUGCUAAGAGCCCAUUAUACAGUGCCGUCAUGUAUCAUCUCACAAAACAAACCAUAUAUAAGCCACUGAAGUAUCGGAUUAAACAAUGAAUAGCUAGCUCUAAAGCACUGUAUAUAGUUUCUUCAUAAACAGGAUGACUAUAUGUGUAUCAUCUGGCAUGAUUCAUUCACUAGCAUUCAUGGUUUUGAAUUCUAAACUUAUUGUACUCUCAAUGUUACUAUAGAUGCAUCCUCUUCAAAACGCAGGACAACAGACAUGUAGCUAUUUCGAACACUGCUCAAAACCACAGUUAUUUGAUAGCAUUAAAUAUGUACUGGUUUCUAAUUUAUUUCAAUGGGUGAUCUCAUAGUUGUAUCAAAUAUCACAUGUUUUCCCAGAAAUCUUGGUACUUUUCACUUGUAAAAUACUCAAAACAAACAGUUUUACUUUUUUGGGUCAAUCUGAUUUGAAUUUCUGAUUUUCAGUAGUCAUUUCAGAUAUAUUCCAAUUUUGCCCUUAGCUUUAAUAAUUUUACCUAUAUUUAUUCAAAACAUCAUAAUCAUCUAGAGAUAACCAGGAAUUGAAUUGAUUAUAUGGUCUUUUCCUCCUAACUAUAUGCCUUUUGAAUGCCCUGAAAAAAUUAGCACGUGCAGAUGUUAAACAGAGUUAAUUAUAAAUUGUGAAUGAGAAAUAAUUGGAUGACAGACAUUUUGACAAUGGCAAGGAUAUAUUUUACUAAAUGACCAGAAAAACAUCGUCAUUCACUCAGAUAGCUUGUUCCUGUUCCUAUAAUGACGUGAUCUUGUUAAUUUCAUUAUCUUAGGAUAUAUUUUACUAAAUGACCAGAAAAACAUCGUCAUUCACUCAGAUAACUUGUUCCUGUUCCUAUAAUGACGUGAUCUUGUUAAUUUCAUUGUCUUUAUGCUCCAAGUUUUACAUAAUAUUAUGUACAAGAUGUGUUCAUUUUUUAUCUUAGGAUUUCAUAAACCAAUGGCCUCUUCAUUAAAUUGCUUGUCACAGGCAACAAAGAACCAAUUUCAAUCCUGGUUACCUCAUACAAAUUAGUUUGAUGCUUCUAUCAUUAGUGUCAAUAAUGUUAAAAAUCCAAAGAACAGUAUUAUGUGUAGUGUUGAUGAUACCAUUUGCAAUGAGAUUUGUUGAUGUUUUUGUAGAAAAUGAUUAUUUGAAAAAAAUAUGCCAAACCAAUCCAGUUCACUGUUCAGAAAUAUGCUAUUGUAAACUGCAUUUGUAAUAUUCUAUCUUAGUGAGCAAAUGUAUAGUGUUUUGCAACGGUUGUUGGACUCUUUGUUAUCCUGAAUUUGACAGUACCAAUAAGCAAGUGUUAUUGUCUGGUAGUGGUUAUUAGAAUUAAUUAUUAAAUUAAAUUGGACUCGAUUCUUUCUACAAGCCACUGCCAUGGUUAACUUUGCUUAAAAACAAUUCCAUGCCCUUACUAAUCAUGGUAUUCUAAUAACUAGUGACCUAAUCUGUAUAUUUAUAUAAUAUUCUAUAUCACAAUACCAAAACGCUUUUACUCCGUCUCACACAAAAUAUUCAUUCUGUUAAAUUUGUAAAUUUUAUAUUAAUCUUCUCUGCAGGAUUAAUUUAAUGAAGAAGCUGUUUAAUAAUGUUAAACAGUAUCAUAAAUAUCAGUAACCAUGGUUUUAUUUGAUAUGAGGUGUAAAAACGUCAACUCAAUUUUGACAUCAAUUAUUUCAAUUAAAUAAAAAACGUAAACAUCAAAGUAUCCAGUUUUGAUUAUCCACCGAAAUAGAUUCCACAGAGAUAUACACGAAGCAUUUGACGAGGGCAUGGAAUUACAGGAAAUAAGCAUAUGAUAAUGCGUUUUACGACUUGUUUGUAAGUAUCAAGACAUGAUGAUAUAUUACGAUGUUGCCUGGGAAUGAUCACUUGUGUUUGUAGUGGAUUUGGCCUAUAGAUGUUCCACAGUGUGUAUUUAGACAUUUAUUAUCUUCUAUGCAAUAUAGAUUUUAUUUGACUCUGAAAGUCAGGCGAGAAAUGUUAGGCAUAUGUGAUGAGAAAGGGUUAACGUUCUUCAUGUCAAGGGAGAUCACUCUGGGAUAUUUACUACCCAUCAUAUACUACCAACUUGUGUAUAUGUGAAAUUAAGAGUUUUUCUUCGACAAAACAGUGUUGCCAUAUGGGGGCUAUAAACUGUGCAUGAUAGAGAGAAUGGACAUGAAGGGUGAUAACUCUGAUAACUAAGGGGAGGUAACUACCUUGCCAUGAAAGAGAAAUAACUACCUGAUUUUAUGUUUGUUUCGUGCUGUAAGUUGUGAGUGGUUGCACAAAUACUGGUUUGUAUAGAAAAUAAAUGUAUGCAAAUCAUUUCUUUCACUUGGUAAACAUGCUUAUUCUUGUUGAUUGUCAUAUGCAAAGUUUUCACAGAAAGCUGUUCAUUUUGGUGUCGAAUGUUAUUUUGUAGAGUUAGUUUUCAUGGAUUUAUUUUUGCUUUGAUUGUCUAUCCUGAAGUAUAUAUUGAUCUCUGAAUAAAUACUUGUAGCAUUAUUCUUCUUUCAGUAAGCAUUCUCUUAAUAGUGAAAGUUGUCCCUCCUCAUCGUCUUGGAUUGUUGAAACAGACUGAAUUUAAUUGUUUUGAAUAUGUGUACAAAAGUUUCUAUGUAUUUAUCUUCUAGAUUAAAUAUUUCUUCACAAAUAUAAAUUUUUGACACCAAACUUGACACAUUAAUGUUCAUGCCAACACAUUUCCGGAUAAUACUUUAGAUUUGGUCUCCACUAAAUUGUAUUGAAUAUUUUUGCACACUUUAAGAUCUCAUGGAAAAAUGUUUGAUUGGUAGAAUGUGGUUUUCAAAAUUUAUAGGGGCGGUCGGGUAGCCUAGUGGUUAAAGCAUUCGCUCGUCAUGCCGAAGACCCGGGUUCGAUUCCCGACAUGGGUACAAUGUGUGAAGCCCAUUUCUGGUGUCCCCCGCCGUGAUAUUGCUGGGAUAUUGCUACAAGCGGCGUAAAUCCAUACUCAGUCAGUCAGUCAGUCAGUCAGUCAAAAUUUAUAUGAAUAAUAUUUAAGUAUUUAAUUUGUUAGUUUAUGAGAGAAAGUAAUUAAUCCCAAAUUCUCAUUUUGAUAAGAUUUUGUGUCCAAAUUGUUCUUCUACAGAGGACAAUGUGAAAGAUCAUUUUUAUAUUGAACAAUAAUGACCAUGAGUUUUUAAAAUGAAUGAAAAUAUACCUCUUGAUACUAUAUUUUUAAUACUAAAUGUAUAUUACAGCAUAACUACAUUUAAUUUAUGUCUGUAUCUUUUAUUUAAUGGGAAUAAUAUCUUUCAAAAUAUUUCCAUAUUUCUAAACCUAUAAACAACAGUAUCAUAAUGAUAAUCAUAAAAGAGUUUUAAAAAUAUUCUCCCUUCCAGCAGUCACAAAGGUAAAGCCAUGCUUGCAACAA